UUCAGAAACAGCUCGUUAACCACCCCGGUAGCUUGCUAGCCAACAUAGCCGAAAGAUUCCAGCUAUUUAUACGCUUUCGGUGUAUAUUACCUACUGUGUUUUAGACACACUUCUGUCAUAUCUACUUGUUAAACUAUUUAAUAUUACGUUAUUUUUUAUUAGUCAGCUAUAGUAGUUGGCUGGUUAAGUUAGCACUAGCCUAGUCACUAAUGAUAGCUAGCUAACAUCCCUGAACAUGAGCUCCCUAAACUUCUCUCCUGUUGAAGAAGAGGAGGUCUGCUGGACGGAGAAAGAAACUCUGGGGCUGAACAUUGUCGUGAAAGAGGAGAAGGAAGAAGAGGAUGUCACAGUUAAACAAGAAGUAGAGUGUGAGGCUGUUACAGUGAAAGAAGAGGAAGAAGACGUUUCAGUGAAAGAAGAGGAGGCAGAGAAAGAGGAUGCAGUUUUUGGAGUGAAGAAGGAAGGGGAGAUUACAGUCACAUUGAAAGAUGAAGAUGAGGAGAUGGGAGAUCUGAUUAACACCAGAGAGAUACCAGACUCUGACAGCAGGAAGAGUCCUUCAGGGGAACCAGACCCAGAGACGCCCAAACCAGCGAGACGACACCACUGCUCCCACUGUGAAAAGAGUUUUCGCUGGUUAGGGAAUCUAAAGCACCAUGAGAGGACACACACAGGAGAAAAGCCAUACCACUGCUUCCAAUGUGAAAAGGGAUUUUCCGGAUCAGGGGACUUAAAAGCUCAUGAAAGGACACACACGGGAGAAAAGCCUUAUCACUGUUCCCAGUGUGGAAAGGGUUUUACUGUGUUAAAUAACCUGAAAAGGCAUGAGAGAAUACACACAGGAGAAAAGCCUUUUCAAUGUUCCCAGUGUGGAAAGAGUUUUACCCUGUUAGCUAAUCUGAAAAGGCAUGAGAGAAUACACACAGGAGAAAGUCCUUAUCACUGUUCCCACUGUGGAAUGAGUUUUAUUCAGUUUGCGAGCCUGAAGGCACAUGAGUGGACACACACAGAAGAAAAGCCUUUCCAGUGUUCCCAGUGUAGAAAGAUUUUUACCCUGUUAGCUAACUUGAAAAGGCAUGAGAGAAUACACACAGGAGAAAAGCCGUACCAUUGCUUCCAUUGUGAAAAGAGAUUUUCCCGAUCAGGGGACCUAAAAGCUCAUGAGUGGACACACACAGGAGAAGAACCUUUCCAUUGUUCCCAGUGUGGAAAGCGUUUUACCGUGUUAGCUAACCUGAAAAGGCAUGAGAGAAUACACACAGGAGAAAAGCCUCAUCACUGUUCCCACUGUGGAAUGAGUUUUAUUCAGUCAAGGAGCCUGAAGGAGCAUGAGUGGACACACACAGGAGAAAAGCCUUUCCAAUGUUCCCAGUGUGGAAAGAGUUUUAUUGUGUUAAGUAACCUAAAAAGGCACGAGAGAAUACACACAGGAGAAAAGCCAUUCCAAUGUUCCCAUUGUGGAAACAGUUUUACUCAGAGAGGGCACCUACAAGAGCAUGAGAGAAUACACACAGGAGAAAAGCCUUACCACUGUUCCCAGUGUAAAAAUAGAUUUUCCCGAGUAGGGGACCUAAAAGCUCAUGAGAGGACACACACAGGAGAAAAGCCUUUCCAAUGUUCCCAUUGUAGAAAGAGUUUUACCGUGUUAGCUACCCUGAAAAGGCAUGAGAGAAUACACACAGAAGAAAAUCCGGGCACCGAAGACGUGGAUGUCGAUUAAGGCAACCCCUCACACCUCUCUGAUUCAGAGGGUUUGGGUUAAAUGCGGAAGACACAUUUCAGUUGAAUGCAUUCAGUUGUACAACUGACUAGGUAUCCCCCUUUCCCUUUGCCUAUAGAGCUCUACUAUAAACAUGAGAGCAAGAUUAGAUUUUAUGUUCUGCAUUUUUAUUAUUAUUGGGGCAGCCACCAAGUUAAGAAAUUAUGGAAUGUUCUGAAAACUGACUUCAGGUUUUUGAGGAAUCUAGUCUCGCAGGAAGACCGUUUUAUUUUAUGAAGGUUUGAUUCAGUUCUCUUCUUAGUAUUUCACUAAAUACUCUGUCUUUGGUAUGAGAGGGACUAGACUUAUUACUGUUCCCACUGUGGAAUGAGUUUUCUUCAGUUAGGGAGCCUGAAGGAGCAUGAGUGGACAAACACAGGAGAGAAGCUUUACCACUGCUCCCAGCGUAAAAUUGAUUUUCACGAGUCGGGGACUUAAAAGCACAGGAAGGACACACACAGGAGAAAAGCCUUUCCAAUACUCCCAGUGUGGAAAGAGUUUUGUCUGGUUAAGGAGUCUGAAGGAGCAUAAGAAGACACACCAAAAAAGCUCUACCACUCCUCUCUCGCUGUGUGGAAGGACAUUUUCCCAGUCACAGAACCUGAAAUCACAUGUGAGAAUAAAGUCGCUGUGUUCUGACUUAUA